GAUAAGGUGAUCCCCGGGUGUGUGUGUGUCUGAGACUCCCAGGCAGUUGCUUUCUGUCUCCGUGUUUGUUAGCACAUGUGUCCGGAUGGCUUCCUGUGUCUCGCCUUUACUCUUGUGUGCGUGUCGGCUGCCUGUCUUGGCCUCUCCAGCGUCCCUCUGUGUUCACUUCUGUCUGCGUGUCUGUGUGCGUGUCUGCCUUUGUUUCCGUCCGCGGUGUCUCAGCCUGAAGGUGCCAUCCAGGUGUCCACCUGGGUCUGGUCCCUUCCUGUGCGCCUGUGUGUCUGGUGUGAGUUUGUCUGUGCGUGUGGGGUGCGUCUCUCCUGACCGAGCCUUCCCCUGUCCGUGUGCACCUGCACCUCUGUCUCUGGGCGUGGCUGACAUUGGUGUGUGGAUAUGUCAGGGUGUCCUCCCGAGGGUGUGGGAAAGACGGCCGUCCUGGACCCCAGAGCCAUCUCCUUCCUGUGCUCAGAGCCUCCCCUGCCCUGGGAGGACAGGACGUGUGUGGUCGCCAGGUGUGGGGUCAAGAAAGAGGGUCAGAGACCCUACCCCAUGCUGACCUGGGUGGAUUUGUUCAGGGAGGGUGUGUUGGGUGCUCAGGGUAUGAUUCUGGGCAUUUCAUAGGCCUUCCAGUAAGUAUGAGGUAGGGACCCUCAUCAUUCCCAUUUUGCAGAUGGGGAAACAGGUUCGGAAACUUUAAGUGAAUCACCCAACUUCGCACCCAGGCAUCCAGCCUGCCUUUUCCCCAGUCACCAUGGGCACUGGAAGGAUGGCCACCCAGACUCUGACCACAAAGGCCCUGGGGUCGGUGGCGUUCAGGGAUGUGAUCGUGGACUUCACCCAGGAGGAGUGGCAGCAGCUGAGGCCUGCGCAGAAGGACCUGUACAGGGACGUGAUGAUGGAGACCUACUGGAACCUGGUGUCACUGGACUUGGAGACUAGACCUGACAUGAGAGAACUGGACCCACAGGAGGACAUUUGGGAAGAGAGACCACCCCUUGUGGUGGAGGCAGAGAGACCCAUAAGGAAUGGUGCACGGAGUUGUGCUUCUGAAGGAGUGGGGACACAGGGUGACCAGAUGGGGUGGCGACAUGGGAGCCUCGCAUCCUGUCUGGGGCAGUUGGACAUGUCCCAGGCACUGUCCCAGGCAUUAGCCCCGGUAUAUCGUGAAUUUAAGGCAUUCGUCCACCAAAGCCCCUCUGCGGCCCCACCAAGAUCAAAAGGGCUCAGAGGAGCAGGAAGUCACCCAUUCACUGUGUGUAGGAAGAACUCAAGUACUACAAGCCUCGGUGCUCCCUCCCAACUCUGCACAGAGAAGAAGCCCUACAAGUGUGGGGACUGCGGCAAGUCUUACGGCUAUAACUCGUCCCUGAAGAAGCACCAACGAAUCCACAGCGGGGAGAAGCUCUUCCCGUGCACCACGUGCGGGCAGCAGUUCACCUGGCCAUCAUGCCUCACCAUCCACCAGCGCGUGCACACUGGGGAGAAGCCGUACAUGUGCGUGGACUGCGGCAAGGCCUUCAGCCAGAACAAGCACCUCCUCCGGCACCAGAGGUCUCACACUGGGGAGAAGCCCUACAUGUGCGAGGACUGUGGGAAAGCCUUUAGCCAGAACAGGAACCUCAUUGUUCACCAGAGGAUGCACACCGGGGAGAAGCCGUACACAUGCGGGGAGUGUGGCAAGGCCUUCACCCGGAAUGAGUACCUCAUCGCGCAUCAGAGGACGCACACUGGGGAGAAGCCAUAUGUGUGCAGGGACUGUGGGAAGGCCUUCACACGGAACGAGAGCCUCAUCGUGCACCAGAGGACACACUCCAGGGAGAAACCAUACACGUGUGGGGACUGCGGCAAGGCCUUCAGCCAGAAGGGGCACCUCAUGCUGCACCAGAGGACGCACACCAGGGAGAAGCCCUUCUUGUGCUCCAUGUGUGGGAAGCAGUUCACCCAUCAGCUGAGCCUCACCAUCCACCAGCGCAUCCACACUGGGGAGAAGCCGUACACCUGUGAGGACUGCGGUAAGGCUUUCAGAUGUAACUCAUCCCUGAAGAACCACCAACUAAUUCACUCUGGGGAGAAGCCCUUCCUGUGCGAUACAUGUGGGAAGCAGUUCACCCGGCCUUCGAAGCUUGCCAUCCACCAGCGCGUGCACACCGGGGAGAAGCCCUUCAAGUGCAAAUACUGCGGCAAGGCCUUUAGCCAGGAUGCGAACUUCAUACUGCACCAGAUGAGACACAAUGGGAGAAGCCACGUGAGUGCAUGGAGUGCUGUGAGGUUUUUUUCAGCUGUAACUUGUCCUUGAAGAAGCUGCAACACAUCCACUCCAGGUAGAAUUUCUUCUCACGUGCUGUGUGUGGAAAACAGUUCACCCAUCCACCAGAAUAUCCACACUGAAGACAAUUGUACCUCACCAUCCACCAGAAUAUCCACACCUAAGACAAGCCAUAUACAUGCAGGGAUUACAGAAAAGCGUUCAGCCAGAACACGCAUUUCACCCUGAAACAGAGGAUGCACACUGGGGAGAAGCCUGUCUGCACCAUGUGCGGAAAGCAGGUCACCUGGCAGUUGACCCUCACCAACCACAAGCUCCUACAUAACUGGGCAAAGCCCCACUAGUGCUCCAUCUGCCUGAUGCACUUUACAACAUGCUCAUCGCCAGCGAUGCACCAGUUCGACCGCAUGAGCAAGACACCCUACAAGCGUGGCAAGGCCUUUAUCAGGCAGUUCUCGUUUACUCUCCACUGGAGGAUCCACACGGGAGAGAAGCUGUGCGGCAAGUGCAGGAAAACCUUCAGCUGGAAUAUAAACAUUACGAACGUUAGGGGAGGAUGCACACGUAGCACUGGCCAUGUUGGAUCUCAGAAUCCACACCUGUGGGCUGAGCUCAUGUGCCAGGGCCAGACUUGAUACUGGAGCCCACAGGUAGGACUGUAGAGAAGUCCUGCCCAGACGGGUCUUAGGAACCUGGGUGCUGGGGAGAGGCCAGGCCACGCACACGAGCUGCUUCCAGAAUAUCCACAGGCCCACCAACAGGUCUGGUAUCUGGGAACGUGGCCGGAGGCACUGUAGCUCCAGAGUGAGAUUUAGUAAACUGUUCUAAGAGCUUGGACAACACAUAUAGUGUCUCUGGGUCUCUAGCUCCUGGAUAGUAAAGUGGAGGAGAAGGAGGAGACAGGAAGAAUGAAAGGUGGGCUCCAUGGGGACAUUCUCCCUUUGUCACACAGGGCGAAAUCUAGUUCGGAGAUUAGGGUGUCACCAUCUGUGGGUGUCCUCGUUUUGCCCACACCCAGCCCCUUGAUUCUCUGCAACAGUAUUAGUUGCUCAGUUGUUUGUGAGGGGAAAAUAAUUUUUUGUUCAGUAUUAGGAAAUAACAAUAUGGGCUUCGGUUGCCAAAGUUUCUCAUAGUGGUAUGUUGUAUUUUGUUUAAAUACGAAUUUUUAAAGAUUUUAUUCACUUAUCUCUGGAGAGAGGGGAAGGGACAGAGAAACAGAGGGAGAGAAACAUCAGCGUGUGGUUGCCUCUCACGCGCCCCCCACCAAGGACCUGGCCUGCCACCCAAGCAUGUCCCUGGGAAUCAAACCAGUGACCCUUUGGUUUUGUAGGCCAGCAUUCAAUUCACUGAGCCACACUAGCCCAGGAAGUUUAAAUAAAUCUUUUAAUAUUGGAGACCCACGCUACUAUAUAUAGUUGUCAGAUGCAAAAGAUAACAGGUACCGAUUGUCCUGUCAAAAUGAGUGUCAGCGCUUGGGGGGAAUGGACGUGAACACCCAAUAGUAACCCCGCAAUCCUGCCCCAAGGAUGAGGCUGCCUGCGCCUCCCAGCCCUGGAUUCCUGGCUUGGGGAUGGUGAGACCAGAAGGCUGGGCCCAGAGAUGGGGAAGGGCCCCCUUUCCAGAAACCCAGCCAGGCCGGCCCUCCUCCCCACAGGGCUGUUGCAGUUACAAGAGAACAAUCCUCAGAUCACAAACAAUCCCCUACCGACUCCAUGCUGGCUGGAAUUUUGUGAAAAUAAAGUGCCUUCACUGUGGCGGGCACAUUAUCCAAUUUAUGCCUUACCCUCAGCCUUAGCCACGGUGUACUUAAUGAUUUCAUUAUUGAUGAUGAUAGUGAUCUGUUAAUAAUAAAUAGCAAAUAACCUAAAAAUGGUGCCCCGUUAACAAUAAAAUAAUACAUAAAGUAUUAUAUUAAUAAAUGGGUAAUUAAAUACUACU